AUGAAUCAUAGUUCGUUAAUUUUUUUUUAUACAUCCAUAUUUAUCGUAUUAACAAUUCCAGAAGUUUUUAGUAUUAAAUGUUGGGUGUGUCGAUCCGAUGUCGAUCCAAAAUGUAAAGAUCCUUUUGACAAUUCAUCGUUCCCGAUAACGGAUUGCAGACAAGAACCAGAUUUGCCUCAUCUUCCAGGUGUGAGACCCACGAUGUGUCGUAAAAUUAGGCAAAAAGUCAAUGGAGAAUGGAGAUAUUACCGAAGUUGUGCUUAUUUAGGAGAACCCGGUACAUACAAUAUAUUUAUGGAAUUUUGUACCUGCAACAGCAAGGAUGGAUGUAACACGGCUUCAGUUAAGCCAGUGAAUUUUACUCUUAUUUAUUUAUCUGUGUUUACAUGUUUAUUUGUUGUACUUCGCAUAUAUUCCAUUCGGUAA